AUGAACAUUUCACGACCAAGACCCAGCAUUCUCUCCUUGUUCGACCCACUCUCAGCGACGCCCGAGCCCUCGACCCCUCCACGCAACUCGGAAUCGCCCAACCUCGACUCUGACAAGGAGAACGAAGACCCUCCAAGGAACGAACUCACUUUAACAACCUUCUUUAAUCGAACCUACAAGGUCCAACAUCCUUCACCGAAGCGUUUGACUCGCCGUUUGGUUGAUGUCGGAGACGUGACCGUCGACAACAUCGCGGCACCCCUCUGGUCCACCGAGGAGGACUCGGACGAGGAAGAGUUUAACAAAGCCUUGGCCGGAAUGGAGGAUAAUGAGAACGAUACGCUCACCUUUCGCCAGAUGGCUGAAGCCGCGACACCCAAAUGGACCACACCAAAAGCGUCUCAUCACGGUGUAACCUCACCCGUAACCUCACCCGUAACCUCACCCUCUCAUCCCAGAACCCCACUCGCUGACCUACCCCUCGAGCAAGAAGCGACCCCUAUCUUCCGCAACAAGGUUCUCAAGGGUCAGUUGUCUGUGCCCUCGAAGCUGGCCCAAGUAGUGUCUCCUCAAAUCGUCAUCACCGAACCGGAUAUCGUCGAAGAUGAGCCGAAGGCCGAAACCGUUCAGAGCCCUCCACUUCAGGAAAACUUGUCCCCACCCGCUCCUUGUGCAUCCCUUGGAAACUCGGCUUCAUCGCUGAAUAUCUCCAAUUUGCCUGCCGGAGACGUGUCUCUCAUCGACGAAGCCGCAAGCCCGUCUCUUUUUUCCCUGUCCAUCAGCAGCGAUGCCUCCGGACCUGCUUCAACCUCCCUGGAUCUCUCAAUGUUGAGACCAAACCCUCCUAACACAUCGUCGGCUGACUCUAGUCGCCAUUCGAUUGACCUUCAAGCUUCAUUCCAACUGCACAUGGAUUCCGAAGUCACUUUCGAUUUGCUCAACGACAAGAUCUCGUUCUUUGAUACCGACAAAAACGGACUUGAGUGCAGCAUCCCCGACUUUGGUGAAGGAAGCUUCGACUUGGACUUUGAAGAAGCCAGGCUAGAUGCUCUCGCUUCUACCACAGACAAGGAGGAAACUCGAGAUGAGACCCGUAUGAUCCGAGAGCCAUCCCCUUCAGACUGUGAAGAUAUGGAAAGCGGCGUUGUUGAACAAGCCAAGGGCACUCUCUUUGGACUUCCUGACGAAUACAGUCCCGAGACCCCUACAGAAGGAAGCUUCCCUCGGUAUGAUGGUUUCAAGCAUUCCGCAGACGUCUUUAAUACAGGCACUCCCAAAGUCAGUCUCAACAAAGCUAGGGCCAGCAAACUCCAAACACCCAGCCCUCCACGGACUUCCGAGCCUUCUACCCCUGGCAUUGCAACUCCAAGGAACAUUCGCUCCAUUCCAGUUCCUCCUCCUGUUGCCGGGUUGCGGAUCGUCAAACGUAGCAAGCUUGCUCUGCAGAAGACCAAUGAAGCAAUUGCGAAAUCCAUCGAGGCUGUCGUCCCGAAGAAAGAGAAGACCUCGCCACCGAUCGCCUCCGCCAGUCGUCGUCCGAGCUUGUCUCAGCCUAUGACGCAGCCAGGAUCGGCAACUUCGACCUUGAAAGCCGUUCGCCCAUCAACCUCCAGAAUAGAUAUUGCCCGCUCAAACCCAGCUCCAGUCGCACGGCGCCCCCUAGGUUCUGACGGACCUCGUCGAGUCUUGGUGGACGACCAGCAGAGACCACCGGCAGCUGCUCCCCGAGCUAACUCCGGUAGAGCUGUACCGUCGUCCACGGUAGCCACGGGUGGCCCUCGUCGUGUGCCGAUUGCAGGCUCAACUAUGGGUACCAGCGCCAGAGGGUCCAGUUUGAGGCAGGUUGCAGCACCUGCCACCAGCCUCCCGAGACCCGCUUCGAAAGCCACGGGAGCAUCUUCGAUCCCUUUGCCCUCCGGGCGUAGCGGUAUCAGCAGGCUGCCUGCCCCUUCUGUCGUUGUUCGACCAACUGCCCCUCCCGCCAGAGAGGGGGUGAAAGGAGUCCCAAUCCGCAGAGUCAUCUGAAAGAUUGUUCUAGCAAGUUCUGUUCUGUUUUCAACUUUGGACGUCACCAUGCAUAUAACUUAUUGU